AUGGCCGGAAUUGCCAUCUUGGGUGCCGGCAUCUUUGCCACGGAAGAGCACCUCCCUGCCCUCGUCGCCAACAAGGCCAGCGUCAAGGCCAUCUACUCGCGCUCUCAGGCCACCGCGGCACCGCUGGUCGCCGAGGCGCAGAGGCUGGGCCAGGCAGGCGUCGAGCUGUACUCGGACGACACGCCGGGCCGCACGCUCGACGACCUGCUGGCACGCAAGGACAUUGCCGCCGUCGUCGUGGUGCUGCCCAUUGCCGUGCAGCCCGCCAUCGUCCGGCGCUGCUGGGCCGCGGGCAAGCACGUCCUCUCGGAGAAGCCGGUGGCCAAGGACGUGCAGACGGCGCGGCAGCUCAUCCGCGACUACCAGGCCACGUACGCCGGCCAGGGCCUCGUCUUCAGCGUCGCCGAGCAGAUCCGCUUCAUGCCCGAGUUUGAGCGCGGCCGCCAGUGGGUGGUCGACGAGCAGGCGCUGGGCACCAUCACGCAGCUGCACCUGCGCAUCUGGCGCAACCAGGCGGCCGGCGGCAAGUACUACGAGACGCCGUGGCGCAAGGUGCCCGCGUACCAGGGCGGCUUCCUGCUGGACGGCGGCGUGCACCAGACGGCGAUGCUGCGCUACAUCGCCGGCCAGGAGGUCGUCGAGACGCACGGCUACGCGCGCCAGGUCGCGCCGCACCUGCCGCCCCUCGACACGGUCAACGCCGGCCUCGUGCUGAGCGGCGGCGCCACGGGCACGCUGUCCAUGUCGUUUGCGUCGCCGCGCCGCGCCACGGAGCUGGUCAUCCUCGGCACCCAGGGCAGCUUCCACCUGACCGACGGCCCGGACGGCUACGUGCUGACGCUGGAGCUGCUGUCGGGCGAGCGGCGCACCGAGACGAUCAAGAGCCGGGGCGUGGAGCUGGAGGUCAAGGCGUUCCUCGAGGCCAUUGCCGGCGGCAAGGCGCAGCCGCGCGCCGGGCCCGAGGAGGCGCUCAACGACCUGGCCAUUAUCGAGAGCCUGUGCCAGGGCGGGGGGAAAGUGGACCUUUACUAG